AAUUCUGAAAUCUAGUUUGUAAAUUACUUAAGGUCAUGGUGCUAGAACUGUUUGGAAUGGAAUGAAAUUCAGUGCAGGGCAUGUGGGCUAGUUUUUCUUCUAAUAUUACCCUCUGCCAGUUCAUAGAAAAGUUGACAUUGUGGUUAUGUUUCAGCAGUGGACAGGGAGAUUUCUGACAGAGGGAAGGAAGCAUUUGAGACUUUUCACCUGGUCAGCUGUUCAGUGGUUUCAUAUUCUGGGCUUUAUAAUUACAAGGCAUCCUUAGCAUCUGAUCUUCACUGGGAUAAAGACAACUCAGGAAGGAGUAUGGCCUGUAAUCUUAAAGCACAUUGACACUCUUCAGUUUGACCAUUUGACAGAACCAUGGGGAGCUUCACUUGCAAAAGUUGGCCAGAUAAUCAACAUGUCAAAUACCUUCUGAGAGAGGCUCUGCCAGUGCCCGGAAGCCUCGUGGCUCUUUUCGAGGAUUCUUUAUACAAUUGCAUAUGUACGAGUGGAUGAACCUACCAUUGGUGAUCCAGAGGAUUUUUGUCAAGACUGGAUAAACCAUGUAUCACAUUGAUUGUAGAGAUCAGCUUGAACGGGUCUUUUUACGACUUGGCCAUGCUGAAACAGAUGAACAAUUACAGAAUAUUAUAUCUAAAUUCCUUCCUCCUGUUUUGCUCAAACUGUCCAGCACCCAAGAAGGAGUACGCAAAAAGGUAAUGGAACUGCUGGUCCAUCUGAAUAAGCGUAUAAAAAGCCGCCCCAAAAUACAGCUCCCGGUAGAGACACUGUUGGUUCAAUACCAGGACCCUGCUGCAGUUUCCUUUGUCACAAAUUUUACUAUAAUUUAUGUUAAGAUGGGCUAUCCUCGCCUGCCAGUGGAAAAACAAUGUGAACUGGCCCCUACGCUUCUUACUGCCAUGGAAGGGAAGCCUCAGCCACAGCAGGAUAGGUAUGGUGUCCUCAAUUACCUUCUCUCCCACCUGCAUGAGUCAACAGCUACCUCUCAAACACAGAGUCACACAUUUGGUUUUACUUGGGCUAAUGUGAAGGCUUGAGCUCUUUCAGCUGACAGAUGAUUGAAUUUUCUGUGUCACCUCAAUGUUACUGUUUUGGUAAUUAUCAAAUUUCUUGAUGCAAGCGUGUUAAAAUGUGUGCAGAACUAACAACAUGUUUCUCAAUCUAGAUGCAUUUAUUUUGUCAAUUAUUUUGAAGAGGCUAAUUUCAUGUGAUUGCACAAAUUAGUCAUAAAGUGCUUUUCAUCAAAACAUUUCUGUCUUGGAGCAUAUGAAGUUUUAGAGCAGUUUUAAGGAACAGAUCACUUGUUUAUAUUAAUAUGGGCAUUGGAGGGGUGAAAAGGUUUGGAUAACACCCUUAGUUUCAGAUUUGGCUCAAAGUUCUGUAGUGUAGCCUGGUCAUGGUGAGCAUCAUCAGGAAGAGUGCAGAAGCUGUGGAGGGAAGGUGGAGGUAAAUGAUGGUUUUACUUUGCUU